GUUGGUCACGAGCUCUGGGUUGUCAUGGAGUACCUAGAUGGCGGGUCAUUAACUGAUGUAGUCACAGAGACCUGUAUGGAACAAACUGCGUUGUCAUCAAGAAAUUCAUUUACAUUUUCCUUUACCUUUAUUCAUUAUUUCUUUUUUUUCAACUUUUUGUCUCAUCCAUAUAACUAUCGUCGCUAUCAUCACCUCGUCUUCUGGCAGACGCUUAGUGCUUUAACUUUUCUACAUGCCCGCCAGGUAAUUCAUCGUGACAUUAAGUCGGACAACAUCCUGCUGGGUAUGGAUGGUUCCGUGAAGCUAACUGACUUCGGGUUUUGCGCCCAGCUGUCUUCAGGACAAGCAAAACGCUCAACCAUGGUAGGUACGCCCUACUGGAUGGCGCCUGAAGUUGUCACACGUAAGCACUACGGGCCCAAAGUCGAUAUAUGGUCACUGGGCAUCAUGAUGCACGAGAUGGUUGAAGGCGAACCUCCUUAUCUCAGUGAAAACCCAUUAAAGGCGAGAAUAUACCCAAGUUAG